ACGCCCCUAACGACGUGGGCUACGCCCCCUGGAGACGCGCCGCGGCAGAGCCGAAAUCCUCUAGGGGUAGUUGGUGGGUCCAGGGCCCGGCCGGUGGCUGGGGUCCCUGCGGCCCAUCGCCAUGAAGCUGACGCGCAAGAUGGUCCUGUCCCGGGCCAAGGCCUCCGAGCUGCACAACGUGAGGAAGCUCAAUUGCUGGGGCAGCCGCCUCACAGAUAUCUCCAUAUGCCGGGAAAUGCCCAGCCUGGAAGUGAUCACCCUCAGCGUCAACAGCGUGUCGACCCUGGAGCCCGUGAGCCAGUGCCGGCAGCUGAGCGAGCUCUACCUGCGGCGGAACCGCAUCGCCAGCCUGGCCGAGCUCUCCUACCUGAAGGGCCUGCCACGCCUGCGCGUGCUGUGGCUGGCCGAGAACCCGUGCUGUGGCGCCGACCCCCACCUCUACCGCAUGACCGUCCUACGCACCCUGCCGAACCUGCAGAAGCUGGACAACCAGGCUGUGACUGAGGAGGAGCUGUCCCGGGCAGUGAUGGAGGGAGAGGAGGUCACGGCCCCCAGCAGAGAGAGCACAGGGAACGGCGGGCCCGAGCUGUCCUAUUCCCUGAGUGCCGUGGACACCGCUGCCGAGACCCCAGGGGACCGGCUGAGCUUCAGCGACGAGGAGGAGGCAAGGGUCGAGGGACAGCUCAGCCUGAAGCCCCCGGCCCGGGACCGGUUUCCUUCCUUCCCACAGAGGGAGGCCGCGAGCAGUCUCAGGAACAGGGACAACGUCCUGACCGCCAUCCUGCUGCUGCUGCGGGACCUGGACACUGAGGGGCUGGAGGCCGUGCACCAGGCCGUGGUCAGCCGGCUGCAGGCCCUGCACAGGCAGGAGCUGCGGGAGGACAUGGAGUGACCCGGCAGGGACCCUGCGCUGAAGUCCCAGCGCCUCCCGAGCACCUGGACGAUGGGGCUGACCACCAGGGCCACGGCCGGACCCAGGCUGAGCGCCAGCACACAGGACUGGGUCCUCAGGAAGACUCAGCCCGCCCAGGAAGGCCGAGCUGUCUCUCCGGAUGGCACCCGGAGAGGGCAGCAGGGGACUUGGGGGCUGGCGGGGCAGACCCCGCUCCCGCGCCCUCCUGUGCGGGCAGCCACACCUGACCCAGGACCCUUAUCCCCAAUAAACAUUUUCCCAAGUCUGA